GGUGCAGCUCGGCCAUGGCGGAGUCUGGUUCGUCCGCGCUGCUGGCGGCCGCUCGCCGGGUGCACGAAGAGGCUUUCGGGGGUCCGGCGCUGCUGGCGGUGUGGGCCCCCGGCCGGGUGAACCUCAUCGGGGAGCACACCGACUACAACGAUGGCUUCGUGCUGCCCAUGGCCCUGCAUCUGGGGACGGUGCUGGUGGGAGCCCCCAUGCAGGACGAGACCAUCUCCAUCAUCACCACCUCGGCAGAGGCAGAUGAGCCCCACAAGGUGCAGUUCCCGGCUCCCAGCCAGCAGCCCCCUGAGCCCGGGCAGCCCCAGUGGGCCAACUACGUCAAGGGCGUCAUCCAGCACUACCGGGGUGGUCCCGUGCCAGGCUUCAGCGCUGUCAUGGCCAGUGACGUCCCCCUGGGCGGGGGCCUCUCCAGCUCGGCUUCUCUGGAGGUGGCCACCUACACCUUCCUGCAGCAGCUCUGCCCUGAUGAUGGGGAUUUGGCAGCCAAGGCGCUGGCGUGCCAGAAGGCGGAGCACACGUUUGCUGGGAUGCCCUGUGGGAUCAUGGACCAGUUCAUCUCCGUGAUGGGCCAGGAGGGCCACGCCCUGCUCAUCGACUGCAGGUCCCUGGAGACCGUGCUGGUGCCGCUGAGCGAUGCCAGCCUGGCCGUGCUCAUCACCAACUCCAACGUGCGGCACACGCUGACGGGCAGCGAGUACCCCACGCGCCGGCGGCAGUGCGAGGAGGCAGCGGCGACUCUGGGCAAGCCCAGCCUCAGGGAUGCCACCAUGGCCGAGCUGCAAGAGGCCAGGAGCCGCCUGGGGGAUGAGGUGUUCCGGCGGGCCAGGCACGUCAUCGGCGAGAUAGCGCGGACAGAGGAGGCAGCGCAGGCGCUGCAGAACAAGGACUACAGCACCUUCGGGAAGCUGAUGGUGGAGAGCCACAACUCCCUCAGGGAUGACUAUGAAGUGAGCUGCCCCGAGCUGGACCAGCUGGUGGCAGCAGCCCUGGAAGUCGAUGGGGUUUAUGGCAGCAGGAUGACCGGGGGAGGCUUUGGAGGCUGCACGGUGACACUGCUGGAGGCUGGGGCUGCAGACAAAGCCAAGAAGCACAUCCAGGAGAAAUACAGUGGCAAAGCCACCUUCUACCUCACCAAGCCCUCGGCAGGGGCAAAGGCUCUGCCCAUGUAGAGGAGUGACCACCUCCCCUGGGACCCUUGGGCUGGCAUUGCCUCCCUCCCCAAGGGGAUCAGUUUGUCCAUCUGCAUCACUUGCCUAAUAAAAGCAAAGCAUUUGCACAGUUGUUCUGUGC